GUGUAUUUAUUUGUUUUAUUUUAUGAAUAACAUGUAAUUCAUGACAAUAUGAUAUUAUGCGAUGAACUGAUAAAUUAAGUUGCUAGUGUGAAGUUGAUAUAUCAGUGAGUGAUCAUUGCCCUAGUGCCGCGGGUGUUUCGUGUUGUUGCGCUGACCAACCGAACGGAGUCUGUGUCACAUCAAGAUGUGGGACUCGUCGACGUUUCUGUCGGCGCUGACGCCGAAGUUCUACGUGGCGCUGACGGGCACGUCGUCGCUGAUCUCGGGGCUGAUCCUGAUCUUCGAGUGGUGGUACUACCGCAAGUACGGCGCGUCGUUCAUCGAGCAGGUGUCGCUGGCGCACCUGGGCCCGUGGUUCGCGGCCGACGAGCCGCCCGGCGCACCGCCGCCCAUGCCGCAGGAGUGCAAGGUGUGGCGCAACCCCAUGGCAUUGCUCCGGGGCGCGGAGUACGCGCGCCUGUGGGCGGCCGCGCGGCGCGCCCCGCUCACCUACUACGACAUGAACCUGUCCGCCCAGGAGCAUCAAGCUUGGUUUGGUGUGGCCGGGGCUGACUCGCCCUGCGAGGCGGCGUUAGCCCGUGCCUGGCGAGAGCGCGAACCGGCGGCUCGGGUCGCCGCCGCCCGCGCCGCGCUCGCCAUCCGGCCCGACUGCGCCGCCGCGCUACUACUGCUGGCUGAGGAGGACGCGCCCACGGUCGCCGAGGCGGAGAGAGUGUUGAAGCGUGCGUGGCGCUGCGCGGAGGCCGCCUGGCGAGUGUCGAGCGGGGCCGGCGUGGCGAACGUGGCCGGCUCGGCGGCUAGGGCUCGCAGGGACGCGGCGGUGCUGGCGCACGUGAAGCGGCGCGCGGGGAUGUGCGCGCGCCGGCUCGGCCGCCUGCGCGACGCCGCGCGCGUGUUCCGCGAGCUCGCGCGGGACGGACCCGCGCCGCUGCACGCCCACGAGAACCUGCUCGAGGUGCUGCUCGAGCAGCGCCUGUACCUGGACGCGCAGGCGGUGGUAGCGCGCUACGACGACCCGUCGCUACCUCCUUCAGCCACCAUCCUGUACACGGCGGCGCUGCUGCGAGCGCGCGCCGCCGUGUUAGCGCCCAGGCCUAACGCGGAACUGCAAGCUAUUGAGACGAUCCGGCGCGCCAUAGAGUUCAACCCGCACGUGCCGGCCUACCUGCUCGAGCUGCGGCCGCUCACCCUCCCCCCCGAGCACGUCCUCCGGAGGGGGGACAGUGAGGCCCUCGCUUACGCCUUCUGCCACCUCAGGCACUGGCGGAACUGCGAGGGCGCGCUCAAGCUACUCCACGCGGCUCACUCUACAGGUCCCCCGGCGCCGCCGUGCUCGCUGUGCCUGGACCGCGAGCUGCUGCCGGCGCACCACGCGGCGUGGGGGCUGGCCUCCCGCCCGCGGGCCCUCCUCCCCCUGCUGGGCGCGCUGUGCGUGUGCGCGGCGCUGCUCGCGCUGUGCGCCGCGCGCUGGCCGCACGCCGCCGCCGCGCUGGCGCCCGAGCGCCUGCUGCGCCUGCUGCACCACGUCUGACCGCGCCGCUGAGCCCUCCUCCCCCUGCUGGGCGCGCUGUGCGUGUGCGCGGCGCUGCUCGCGCUGUGCGCCGCGCGCUGGCCGCACGCCGCCGCCGCGCUGGCGCCCGAGCGCCUGCUGCGCCUGCUGCACCACGUCUGACCGCGCCGCUGAGCCCUCC